AUGACUAUAAAUAUGGAGGAAACGUUAUCGUCUAAUUUAGAAUGUGAACAACUUGUUUCAAGUCAUUUAUUAUCUGAAAUUGGAAACCAAAUAACUGAAUCAAAUAUAUAUGAUAAUCGUACUGUUAUUUUACCUUAUUUACUCGAAGCAUGCGAAGAAGAUGGUGUAAAAGAAGAAUUAUGUUCAUCAUUAUUUUAUUAUAAAUUAAAUAAUUUAUGCGAACAAUAUGCUGGACAAGAUGAAGAAUUUCUUCGUGAUACAUGUUAUUUGCUUGUUGUUCUUAUAACGACAGAUAAAUCAAUUGAUCAUUUAUUAACUUCUAAUAAAUAUGAUUUACUUGAAUAUGGUAUAUCAUGGUUAGAAAAAUCAAAUUUACAAUUGAAAAUGACCGGUGCAUUAAUAAUAACAAAUUUAACACGAAACGAUCAAUCAGCUAUAAGUAUAUUAUCAGAUAAACGUAAACCAGAUAUAAAAUUAGUUGAACAAUUAAAAUAUUUUUCAACACAAUUAGAAAAUAAAUUUGAAUUAAUGACAGAUGAACAAGCAAAAGCUGUACAUGGAAUUUUAGGUGCAUUAAGAAAUCUUGCUGUUCCAACUACAAACCGACUUCUAUUAGUAGAUAGUGAUGUUCUUGAUAAUGUAAUUCCGUAUAUAUUUAUAAAAAAUUUUGCUGGUGAAAUAGCUUAUAAAGCAACUGGUGUUAUUCGUUUUCUUCUUCGUGAUGCAAAGGAAACAUCAAAAUUAGCAAUUAUAGAUGAUCAAAUUUUAAAACAAAUUGUUCUUAAUAGUAAUACUAUACAUGCAGGUUUACAAUUUGAGUCUCGUCGUGUUUUAUUUUUAUUACCAAUUGCAUUAAAAACGGUUCAAGCUAUUGAAGCACUUGCACGAAAUGAUGUAUUUCCACUUAUUACUUCAACAUUAGCUUCAUGUGAUGUACAAACAAAUCGUGGAAUUAUUCAAAAUGAAGCACUUAUUGCACUUAACAUUAUUUUUAUGUUAGCUAAUGCAUUUAUAUGUGAAAAAUUAAAAGAAGCAAAUAGUCAUGAAAAUAUAAAAGAGUUUUUAAAACAAGAAAUUCAACAUCCGGAAAUAAUUAAUAAUAUUCUUCAAUUAAUUCAUUUGAUUAAAAAACAAAAUAAUUUUCUUACUGUAGAACAAUUACAUGAAUAUAAACCAUUACUUGAAAAUAUUCGUAUCAGUCAAAAUUGUGGUGGUCGAAGACUUAUUGAUCGAACAUUGGCUGUUAUACAGAAUGAACUCGAAUAA